AUGGCUGCCUCCUUAGGGCCUUCCUCUGGGGACACCCAUGUCCAUGUGCCUUGCUUCCCCAGGCAGCUCAGCAGCUCCUCCUCCUACAGCGGGGAUGUGAGCCGGCACCACACCAGUACCUCCGAGCUGCAGAAGCCCGGGCCCACGGAGGACACCUGGAAGCUCGUGGAGGCGGACAAGGCUCAGACGGGGCAGGUCAAGCUGUCCGUGUACUGGGACUACAUGAAGGCGAUUGGGCUUUUCAUCUCCUUUCUGAGCAUCUUCCUUUUCCUGUGUAACCACGUGGCUUCCCUGGCCUCUAACUAUUGGCUCAGUCUCUGGACGGAUGACCCCAUCGUCAACGGGACCCAGGAGCACACACAAGUCCGGCUGAGUGUCUAUGGAGCCCUGGGCAUUUCACAAGGUAUCUCGGUGUUCGGCUACUCCAUGGCGGUGUCCAUCGGGGGCAUCUUGGCCUCCCGCCGCCUGCACCUGGACCUGCUGCAUAACGUCCUCCGGUCGCCCAUAAGCUUCUUCGAGCGGACCCCCAGCGGGAACCUGGUGAACCGCUUCUCCAAGGAGCUGGACACGGUGGACUCGAUGAUCCCACAGGUCAUCAAGAUGUUCAUGGGCUCCCUGUUCAACGUCAUUGGCGCCUGCAUCAUCAUCCUGCUGGCCACGCCCAUGGCUGCAGUCAUCAUCCCGCCCCUGGGCCUCAUCUACUUCUUAGUGCAGAGGUUCUACGUGGCCUCCUCCCGGCAGCUGAAGCGCCUCGAGUCGGUCAGCCGCUCCCCGGUUUAUUCCCACUUCAACGAGACCUUGCUGGGCGUCAGUGUCAUCCGCGCCUUUGAGGAGCAGGAGCGCUUCAUCCGCCAGAGCGACCUGAAGGUGGACGAGAACCAGAAGGCCUACUACCCCAGCAUCGUGGCCAACAGGUGGCUGGCCGUGCGGCUGGAGUGCGUGGGCAACUGCAUCGUCCUGUUUGCCUCGCUGUUCGCCGUGACCUCCCGGCGCAGCCUCAGUGCCGGCUUGGUGGGCCUCUCAGUGUCCUACUCCCUGCAGGUCACCACAUACUUGAACUGGCUUGUUCGGAUGUCGUCCGAGAUGGAGACUAACAUUGUGGCCGUGGAGAGACUCAAAGAAUAUUCGGAAACUGAGAAGGAGGCUCCCUGGCAAAUCCAGGAUAUGGCCCCGCCCAGUGACUGGCCCCAGGUGGGCCGAGUGGAGUUCCGGGACUAUGGCCUGCGGUACCGAGAGGACCUGGACUUGGUUCUGAAGCACAUCAACGUCACCAUCGAUGGUGGGGAGAAGGUUGGCAUCGUGGGGCGGACAGGAGCCGGAAAGUCGUCCCUGACCCUGGGCUUGUUUCGGAUCAAUGAGUCAGCCGAGGGGGAGAUCAUCAUUGACGACAUCAACAUCGCCAAGAUCGGCCUGCACGACCUCCGCUUCAAGAUCACCAUCAUCCCCCAGGACCCAGUUUUGUUUUCGGGUUCCCUCCGUAUGAACCUGGACCCAUUCAGCCAGUACUCGGAUGAAGAGGUCUGGACGUCCCUGGAGCUGGCUCACCUGAAGGGCUUCGUGUCGGCCCUUCCCGAUAAACUGAACCACGAGUGCGCGGAAGGCGGGGAGAACCUGAGCGUCGGGCAGCGCCAGCUUGUGUGCCUGGCCCGGGCCCUGCUGAGAAAGACGAAGAUCCUGGUGUUGGACGAGGCCACGGCGGCCGUGGACCUGGAAACGGAUGAUCUCAUUCAGUCCACCAUCCGGACACAGUUUGAUGACUGUACCGUCCUCACCAUCGCUCACCGGCUCAACACCAUCAUGGACUACACGAGGGUGAUCGUCCUGGACAAAGGGGAGGUCCGGGAGUGGGGCUCCCCCUCCGACCUCCUGCAGCGGAGAGGUGUCUUCUACAGCAUGGCCAAAGAUGCUGGCUUGGUGUGAGCCCGGAGUGGGUGCAGCUGGUCAGAACUGCAGGGCCGACCUGCCAGCAGUCAAGGACAAGUCAGCAUCCUUGGGAACCCAAGCUUCUCAUAGACUGAAAUAAAAAAAAAUGAAAACCGCCCCCUCCUCCCAAACCAAAACACACACAGAGCAGCUGCCCUCUGGCCCUUGCCUGGAACUGGCCAUGAAGAAAUGGGAGAUGCUGGGAUGCAGCCCCUCCCCCCGCAAUGAUGCACACAUGCCCCUGGCUCUGUAGCCCCCGCAGAUGCACACACGUUCUCACACCCCUUGGAGGGCACACGUGUUCUCCCUGCUCUGUGGGGACAUUCAGGCCAGCAGACUUCCAGAGAAAUCGGUUGUGUAAAAUCUGCUAGUGACCAAAUCCAGCCAACUGCCUCAGGUCUUUCCAGCUGAAGUCUGUGGAUUCCGCGCCUUGGAGAUGCUCGCUGGUCCCCGGCAUCCCCGGCACCUCUCCGUCCUUGCCUGGCUGUCCCCAGAUGCUUGUCUCUCCAGGGCUGCAAUUGGAGGUGAGGGGCCUGAUGAAGCUUGUGCUCACCCUUGGGCAGUGUCCCAAGGACCACUGAUGGCCCUCUCACCAGCCAUCUGGUCUACCAGGUGCUCAGACGCUGGGAACCAGCCUCCCAGCCCUGCCUCCAACGGAACUUGCUGGCUGGACUCGGGGUGACCGGGCCUGGAAGUCCAGGCUGGGAGAGAGGCCUCAGUGCUGGCUUCCCUUCUUGGCUGCUCACCUCCUUACCCACCUCAGUCUUUGCCUUCCUCCCUCUGUCUUUUUACCCAUGGCUAGAAUGGGUUUACACCUCCAGGUGCCCGAGAAUGAAAACCUGCUCAUCGUUAGGAAGUGUUCUAAGCCAAGAGCACCAGUCCCUCUGGGUGGGAGCAGCUGGUACUGAAAAGAGCCCCCGUGAGUCCCCUCCUUGUUCUUAGAUUUCGGUUUUUCACCGGGGGCCACUGGUUCACUGUCAAGGCCAGCACAGUGGAUAACUUAACGGUUACUGAGUCUCUUCUGAGACAAGAAAAAGACCUUUUCACAAGUGUCAGUGAUUUUUUCUUUUUUUUUUUUUUUAAAGUACUGCUCCAGGGAGAUAAACAGUCUCAAGACUUUAAUUUCUUGGGAGGAAGCGUUGGGCUGAGGAGCAGCACCCCAGGGAAUGACCAGGUUGGCCCAGCUUCUGGAGGUUGGGGUCUGUCUUAGCCCUGUAGGUCCCUCAAUUGGAGACCAAAUGAGACCCAAAAAGCAGAGAGAGGUCGCUAUUCAUGCUCGCUAUUUGAAUUACAUUGCUGACUUCAAACCAGAGAAGCAUCUUUCUCCUUUUAGGUGGAAAUAUAUAUUUAUUUUUUGUAAGUUAAACCAUUCUUUCACAUUAGCUAAACCAAGUGUUUCUUGGGGAUCUUUUUGUAAUGACUUACACUGGAAACGUGAACAUUUGCAAAUAAUUUGCAGUAAAAAAAAAAUAUUUUCUUUCUAAA